CUUCCCAAUUGGUGGUUAAUAACGAGGAAAUUACGAGACUGUUAUGUACAUAUGAUUUGCUAGAAUUCCUUACCUGUCCAAAAUCAAUCGGUGGCUGGUCGGCGUCGUUCGGCCGAUCCUACAUGCGACCAUCGCCCGAGACCCUACCGGCGAGUAGCUGCCACCCCGCCUCGGUCUCCCCCCCUUUCCCUCUCCCCCUGCUCCGGGCUCCGGGGAGCAUUUCUAGUGGGUUGAAGAUGAAUCUCCAAGCUCAUAUGUCUGGGGAGAUCUCUCUAUCUUAUUAGAUGCAAAAUCCCACAAAUCUCCACAUGGAUCCUGAAUUCCAAGCACAACGAGAUGCUAUACGUAAAAUGAUCUACAAUUAUCUAGAGAGAAAAAAUCCUUUCUCUCAUGAAUGGCUGCAUAGGCUACCGGAGCUUGCAAAGCGGUUGGAAGAGCAAAUAUAUAAGGGAGCUGUAACGAAGGAAAAUUACUUGAAAAUGGUGAUGGGGCCGGUUGAGCACCUUUUUCAGUCUAUCUAUAAAAAUAUUCAGAACCACAGCGAUCCUUCAACACAUCAUCUAACACCUUCUUCAACCGUCAAUAUGAUGAUCCCAACACCUGGUAUACCCCAAAGUGCAAGUAUAAAUUCUAUAUAUUCUUCUUCUGUGGAUAACCACACUAGUAGCACUUUUGGUGCUGGUAUGAUGCCUGAAACAACCAAAUUACUACCAGCUUCAAAUAGCUCAGCUGAAGUUGGGCGUAGUAUCUCCUUCAUCUCAUCCAGUGGGCUGAUUUCUAAUGGAUACCAACCCACUAGCUGUACUAACCUGGCAUCCUCUGCUUCGGCACUACCACAAGAACUAAGUCAAAUGAUUCCAACUCCUAUAUUUAACAACAUAGAGACCCUGUGUGUGGAUUCUGAAGAUUCUAAUGGAGGUGGUUUUUCCAACAUUAAUUCUGUUGUCACUUCGCGCAUGCAACAGCAGAAGCAAUAUGGUGGAAGUCAGAGUGGGAACUUCUUGAAUAUUGGAGGUCAUAUUGGUGCUGGAAUCCGGUCCAACAUGCAGCAAAGUCCUGCUGCAUGUGGUUUUUCAAAUGGAUGUAUGAAUGGUGGAAUAGGGUUGCUCGGGAGCAACAGUCAGAUUCUUACUGACUCAGCUACUUACAAUUUUUCUCCAAAAUCUCUACAGCAGCACUUUGGUCAGCCACAACACCAAUCAGUGAUAGCAUCCUUACCCCAGCAGGUAUUGCCGGUGCUGGAUGGUAAUUAUGCAUUGAGGCCAGCUAAUGUAGCUAGUUCAGCAAGUCGUUAUGGUCCAUCUUCACCUGUUUUAUCAUCAUCGAGUAACCCAAACAUGAAUACGAGAAACAUUGGUUCUCAGUUUAGAAUAAAUCCAACAGUGCUGAACCAUCAAGAAAACAUGAAGGAAUUGCAGCCUCUUGCCAGAUCUCAAGUGUCGAUUCAUCCACAAAAGGUCAAUUCACAAGUAAUGCAUGAACCUGUGGCUGUAUCCCACGAUGAGUCGUUCCUUCCACGAGUAACUAAAGAAGCUCACUCAGAAUCCGAACGCUCCAUGCCACAAAGUGAUUACCAUAGGCAAGUAAAGUGGCUGCUGUUCUUGUUCCAUGCUCGGAAAUGUUCAUAUCCAGCUGGAGCUUGUCCAGAAGGACGCUGUGUAGAAACACAGAAGCUAGUGAGGCAUAUGGAAGCCUGUAACGUAAAACAAUGCAAAUACCCUAGAUGUUGGGAUUCCAGAAAAAUUCUUUUUCAUUUUAAGCAAUGCCGCUCAGAAACUUGUCCUUUAUGCGGCCCUGCACGCAAGUUCUUGAUAGCUAAUAGUAAGAAAUCAGUCAGCGCUCCGCUUACACAUUGUUCGGUGAGUCACAUAAACGGUUCACAGAGAAGAGCAGACACUGUCAGACCUAAGACUGAUAUUCAACAAUCCUCACCAAAGCGCAUGAAGGUGGACCAUAUGUCCCCUUCUGUUCAAGAGAGUGAAAGAUCUGUUUCACAUAGAAGUAUCAAUGGAACAGACACAGUGAGAACUAAGAAUGAUAUUCAGCAGUCCUCACCGAGGCGCAUGAAGGUGAACCAUAUGCAUGCUUCCUCUCAAGAAAGUGAAACAUCUCUUUCUGUUCCUUUUGCGAAUCUAUUGCAUGUCAAUCAGAAGGAACAUUAUGAAGUGGUUGCACAGAAUGACCUUGCUGUUUCCACAAUCCCUGAGUCCACUGAAGCGAAGAUAUUCUUAGACUUGCAUGCUGGAAAGGAAAAUUCAGCUAGCCAUGGCUGUAAUAUUGAUGGGAGUGCUCAUGUGCAGAGACCAAAUGCUGAUGCUGGUGUUUCAGAUGAGGUUGAUUGUCAUGUCAAGCAAGAAUUCUGCAUGACUGAGAAUGAGAUCAAUCAGAAGAAUGCCAAAGCUAAGCUGGAAAUGAAUGAUUCGCUGACAGACCCUUCAGAUAGAAGUAAAUCAGGCAAACCGAAGGUCAAAGGUGUUUCGUUGACGGAGUUGUUCACUCCAGAGCAAAUUAGGGAUCACAUUGCUGGCCUGAGGAAAUGGUUCGGUCAGAGUAAGGCGAAGGCUGAAAAGAAUCAAGCAAUGGAACAUUUGAUGAGCGAGAACUCAUGCCAGUUAUGCGCAGUGGAAAGGCUUAACUUUGAACCCACACCAAUUUAUUGCUCACCUUGUGGUGCUCGAAUAAAACGAAAUGCAACUUAUUAUUCAUAUGGAAGUGGUGAAACUCGACAAUUCUUCUGCAUUCUGUGCUAUAAUCAGGCUCGUGGUGACACCAUUGAGGUAGAUGGUACUCAAUUUCAGAAGGCGAAAUUUGAGAAGAAGAGAAAUGAUGAGGAAACAGAAGAAUCUUGGGUUCAAUGUGAUAAAUGUGAAGCUUGGCAGCAUCAAAUAUGCGCUCUCUUUAAUGGCCGAAGAAAUGAUGGAGGACAGGCGGAGUACACUUGCCCUAAGUGCUAUGUUGAGGAGGUAGAGAGAGGUGAACGUACCCCUUUGCCCCAGAAUGCUGUUCUUGGGGCAAUGGAUCUGCCAAGGACUGUUCUCAGCGAUCACAUAGAACAAAGGCUCUUUAAGAGGCUUAAGCAAGAGAAACAAGAUCGAGCAAGACAACUUGGAAAAGAUUAUGAUGAGGUACCAGGGGUGGAAGGACUUGUAGUUAGAGUUGUGUCAUCAGUUGACAAGAAGCUGGAAGUGAAACAACAGUAUUUAGAACUAUUUAAAGAAGAGAAUUGCCCAACAGAGUUUCCAUAUAAAUCCAAGGCUAUAUUGUUAUUCCAGAAGAUAGAGGGAGUAGAAGUUUGCCUCUUUGGCAUGUAUGUCCAAGAAUUCGGUUCAGAAUGCCCUUUUCCUAACCAACGGCGCAUUUAUCUCUCCUACCUGGACUCUGUGAAGUACUUCAGGCCUGAGAUAAAAACAGUGACUGGAGAAGCUCUACGUACUUUUGUUUACCAUGAAAUUCUGAUAGGGUAUCUUGAAUAUAGUAAGAAGCGCGGGUUCACGAGCUGCUACAUAUGGGCUUGUCCUCCUCUGAAAGGUGAAGAUUACAUCCUAUACUGUCAUCCUGAGAUUCAGAAAACCCCAAAAUCUGACAAACUGCGGGAGUGGUACUUAUCAAUGCUUCGGAAAGCUACUGCGGAGAAUAUUGUCAUAGAAACUACAAAUUUAUAUGAUCACUUUUUUAUAUCCAUGGGGGAAUCCAAAGCUAAGGUCACUGCAUCUCGGUUGCCAUACUUUGAUGGAGAUUAUUGGCCGGGGGCAGCGGAGGAUAUGAUCAAUCAACUCCGUCAAGAAGAAGAUGGUAGAAAACAAACCAAGGGGAAAAUUAAAAAGAUGAUUUCAAAAAGGACUCUCAAAGCUGCUGGUCAUACUGAUCUUUCUGGCAAUUUCUCCAAGGAUGCUUUAUUGAUGCAAAAACUUGGUGAGACAAUUUGCCCAAUGAAGGAAGAUUUCAUCAUGGUUCAUCUGCAGCAUGCUUGCACCCACUGCUCUCUUCUUAUGGUCUCUGGGACACGAUGGGUGUGCAACCAAUGCAAAAAGUUCCAACUCUGUGACAAAUGUCAUGAUGCAGAACAAAGACUUGAUGUGAGGGAUAGACAUCCAGUUAAUAGCAGGGACAAGCAUAAUCUGUAUCCAGUUGAAAUAAAUGAUGUGGCCGCUGACACAAAGGAUGAAGAUGAGAUACUAGAAAGCGAGUUCUUUGACACGCGGCACGCAUUCUUGAGUCUUUGUCAAGGAAACCAUUAUCAGUAUGAUACACUACGCCGAGCUAAACACUCCUCGAUGAUGGUUUUAUAUCACCUCCAUAAUCCGACUGCCCCUGCAUUUGUUACCACAUGCCGCAUGUGCCACCACGACAUUGAGGCUGGUCAGAGUUGGCAUUGUGAAACUUGUCCCGACUUUGAUGUAUGCAGUACUUGUUAUCAGAAUGAAGGCAGUGUUGAUCACCCUCAUAGAUUAACGAAUCAAUUAUCCAUGUCUGAUCGUAAUGCGCAGAAUAAGGAAGCUCGGCAACAACGUGUUUUACAGCUUCGGACAAUGCUGGACCUUUUGGUGCAUGCUUCACAAUGUCGCUAUCCGCAUUGCCAAUACCCCAACUGCCGCAAAGUUAAGAAACUUUUUCGCCACGGUAUGCAAUGCAGACUACGUGCUUCAGGAGGUUGCAAUCUGUGUAAGAGGAUGUGGUAUCUUCUUCAGCUGCAUGCCCGAGCUUGUAGAGAGUUGGAGUGUACUGUGCCACGUUGCAAGGAUUUGAAAGAGCAUUUUAGAAGGUCGCAGAAGCAAUCUGAAUCGAGGCGGAGGGCAGCUGUGAUGGAGAUGAUGAGACAGAGAGCCACGGAAGUUGCUUCGGCCAACACUGGAUAAGCCCCAAGUCUAUACAGAAGAAUAAACUGCCUCAACAGACAUCUUAUUUUUCAGAGGGGAGUCAUUAGAAGGAUAGCUACCUGUGUACAGAAUAGGUAGGCCUUUUCAACAAGCUUCUUGUGGAGAUCUCCAACCUCUUUGCGUUUUUUCUCUAUGUGGAGCAUAAGAAUCAGAGAUGAAGGUUGCUGAUCUUUUUUAUCCAUCUCCUGUGCUCACCGUGUUUGACCAACCUGAUUAGAUUUGUUGAUAGAUCUUGAGGCCCUUCUGGGUGAUUCAUUUAUCUAUCCUGUACUGCAAAAGCUGGUUGUAUAUAAAUUUUGGAUGUGUAGUUCACGGUAACGUGUUUCUGCUUUUCUUUUCUUUUUGUUUCUCUCUCUCUCUCUCUCUCUCUUGUAAAUAACUCCCUUUCUCAUCUUUAUUUGGGAGGGUUUAGGGAGAUAAAUAGGAUUGAAAGCGAUUGCAUGUUUAAAUUUGUCCCAUGCUGUAGAACGAGCUCUAUUUAAAAUGAAGAAAUGAAUAAAUUAUUCUGCAA